UUGCUGAGGAAGCGACACAUCGGAAACGACAUUGUGACGAUCGUUUUCCAGGAGCCAGGUGCUCUGCCCUUCACUCCAAAGUCCAUCCGCUCCCAUUUCCAACAUGUCUUCAUCAUUGUUCAGGUUCAUGAGCCCUGCACGGAGAACACCUACUACAGGGUGGCUGUGACACGCUCUAAAGACAUCCCAUUAUUUGGCCCGUUGUUCCCCAAGGGCGCCCGAUUCCCUCGCUCACCUGCCUUCAGAGACUUCCUCCUGGCAAAGGCAGUGAACGCUGAAAACGGCGCAGAGAAAUCCGAGAAGUUCCGCUCCAUGGCCACUCGCACGCGGCAGGAAUACCUGAAGGACCUGGCGGAAAACUAUGUGACUACGACACCCAUCGACUCCUCCACCAAGUUCCCUCUGCUCUCCCUGGGCGGCAAGCGCAAGGACAAGCUGAAGGGCGCCAAAGGUGCAGAGUUGCACAGUGCCGGGGCGCUGGUGUGGGCUGUGAUGGUCUACAGCAGAGAUGAGACGGGAGAGCUCAGCCUCCCCUGUCUGCUGGGGGUGUCGGCCGAGUCAGUGGUGCUCAUCGAGAGGUGCACACGCAAGGUGGUGUUUAACUGCUCCUGCAGAGAUGUCAUUGGUUGGAAAGCCGUGACAGAGACUAAGGAAGGGGGGCCUUGCUUGGAUAUAUUCUAUGAGCGUGGGGAGUCAGUGUCCAUCAGUGUGAUGGAAAGCCAGGUGGAGGACAUACGUGAGGUGGUGCAGAGGCUAGAGCUGGUUACGAGGGGCUGUGAGGCGUUGGAGGUCACCCCUCUGCGUGACGGGGUCGGUCAGCCCGGAUUCCUGAUGAACGAGGAGGGCUUUGUAACGGAGCUGCAGCGGUUCUGCUACGCUGAGAGCGGAGGUCUGCAGCUGUGGGCUCGUGUGGUGCGGCUAUGCGGACACUCGCUGGUUCACCUGAGCCCUGAGGAGAGGACGAGGCUGCUGCGCACGGCGCAUAAAAUUCACAUCACUGUCAUACCGCCGGACGAGAACGGCAAGCCUCGCAGAAGUUUCUCUGAGUUGUACCAGAAAGCCAUCAAGGAUGCGGAGUGCAAGCCUGGCGAGGAUCAGUCGGGAGAGGCUUGGGUGCUGGACGAGAGGGAAGAAGAGGAGGAGGACGAGGAGGAGGCAAUGGAGGACAACCUGAAGGCAGGUGGGGUCAACGAGGCAGACGCAAUGGAGGUGCAGGUGGAGGCAGAAGAGGCCGAAGAGGCUGAAGAGCAGCCGUGUGAUGAAGGGCAGAGCGAGAGAAGUCUAGACUUGUUCCUCACGCCGCCCAGCUUGCCCUUGUUACGGGCCACCUCACUGCAGGACCAACCGGCCAAUCAGAGCCAGGGGGGCAGCGCCUCGCAGCUCACCCGCAGCUUCUCUUUGGAGAGGCAGCCAUCCUUCAGGGACACCUGUGAUGG